ACUGCAAUUUUUAUGAGAACCUCCGUGGGAGAGCUUGAGAGAGAGAGAGAGAGAGAGCGAUGGAGCUCGACGAGCACGUUUUCUUAGAGGAGUUGAUGGCUCUACGUAGAGAUUCAAAUUGGGACGCCAUUCCAAAUGAACUUAGCGAUCUCUGUUGGAAUGCUUGGGCAUUCGAUUACUGUUUCGAUCAAAGCGGUAUGAAUUUCCACCCAAAUUCUUCGUCGGAACCUCUCUCUGCGCAGAAUCUGGACGAGUUUUACCAUCCUUUGGGAAAUGAGUUCUCAGUGACAGGAAUGGCCGAUUCCGCCUAUGCUGCCAUGGAAGUAGCAGCGGCGCCUCUGCCAUUUCAAGCAGAGCGUCCGAAUGCGGAGCGAGAAGGAGAAGGAGAAGGAGAAGAAGAGGAGGAACUAGGUUUUCUUGCGGAUGAGAUUCAGAAUAUGGAGGUGGUUCAAGUUCAAUCGGCUUGCAAAAUGGAGCCGAAUCAAUCUCCAGAACUCCCUGUUUUCAACAUCGGAACAUGCUCCUCCAUCGAACGAAAGAACAGAUCGAAGAAAUUGCAAGGCCAACCGUCGAAGAAUCUAAUGGCGGAGAGACGGAGAAGGAAGCGCUUGAACGAUCGCCUCUCCAUGCUCAGAUCCAUCGUGCCUAAGAUCAGCAAGAUGGACCGAACUGCGAUUCUGGCAGAUGCGAUUGAGUACAUGAAAGAAUUGCUGGAGAAGAUCGGGAAUCUGCAGAGAGAAGUGGAUGGAUCAAAUCCAAGGACGAAUUCAUUGAACAACACAAAACCGAGCGAAUUGGUAGCGAGAAAUUCACCAAAAUUUGAGGUGGAAAGCAGAAUGGGGAAGACGAGGAUCGAGAUUUGCUGUGCGGCAAAACCAGGAUUGAUCUUAUCGACGGUGAAUACGAUUGAAGCGUUGGGGCUUGAGAUUCAACAGUGCGUAAUUAGCAGCUUCAAUGAUUUCGCAUUGCAAGCCACUUGUUCUUCUCAGGAAAUAAAGCAGAGAACAGAACUGAAGCCUGAAGAACUGAAGGAAGCUUUAUUUAGGAAUUCAGGUUAUGGGGGAAGCUGCUUGUAGAUUUUUUUUUUUUUUUUUUUUUUUUUUUUUU